AAUUCCUCCCUCCUGGGCCACUCGUUCCCGCACAGCGUCUCUCCCGUCCUCAGCCACCUGCAGAGAGCGCAGCUGCUCGGAGGAGCCCAGGCUGGCCGAAUGUCUCCCAGCCAGUUUGCCCGGGUCUCCGGCCUCGUUGGGAGCCCCCUUCCCUCUGUGAAUCCCAAGCUGCUGCAGGGCAGGGUUGGGCAGAUGAUGUCUCCGGCCAGCGGCUUUCGUGCCUUCUUCGGAGCUCCCCCUGCUCCGCCUCCAUCCCAGCCGCAGCACCCGCCGGGCCCCGGCUGCCACCUGCAGAGCUUGAGCCCGCGCGGCCUCAACGGCUCGGUGGGGGCCCGAGGGGGCCCCCGGAGCAGCCACCAGGAGCAGAUGCGCAAGGACCCCUACGCCAACCUCAUGCUGCAGCGGGAGAAGGACUGGGUCUCCAAGAUCCAGAUGAUGCAGCUGCAGAGCACUGAUCCCUACCUGGAUGACUAUUACUACCAGAAUUACUUCCAGAAGCUGGAGAAGUUGUCAGCGGCUGAGGAAGUCCAGGGUGACGGUCCCAAAAAGGAACGCACUAAACUCAUCACGCCUCAGGUGGCCAAGCUGGAGCACACCUACAAGCCGGUGCAGUUUGAGGGCUCACUGGGGAAACUCACGGUCUCCAGCGUGAACAACCCCCGAAAGAUGAUCGACGCUGUCGUCACCUCCCGUGGCGAGGACGAGGAGACCAAGGAGAAGCAGGUUCGAGACAAGCGGCGUCAGACCCUCGUCACGAUCGAGAAGACCUACAGCCUCCUCCUGGAUGUGGAGGACUACGAGCGGCGCUACCUGCUGAGCCUGGAGGGCGAGCGGCCGGCCCUCGUGGGCGAGAGGAAGCAGAAGAUUUGCGACAUGUACGACAACCUGCGGGGGAAGGCGCCUGGGCAGGAGAGGCCGAGCGACGACCACUUCGUACAGAUCAUGUGCAUUCGCAAGGGGAAGCGCCUUGUGGCCCGGAUCCUCCCCUUCUUGUCACCAGAGCAAGCAGCUGAUGUCCUCAUGGCUACGGCCAGGAACCUGCCCUUCCUCAUCAAGAAGGAUGCUCAGGACGAGGUGCUGCCCUGCCUGCUGAGCCCCUUCUCGCACGUCCUCUAUCACCUCCCCUUGGGGACGCUAACGAAUCCGUGCUGCCCUGUGAAAGGAGACGUGAGCGACGAGGACGACGACAACGAGUUCUUCGACGCGCCGGAGAUCAUCACGGUGCCCGAGAGCAUGGGUCACAAGUGAGCGCUGCGCCUCGGGGCUGCCCUCCCGGCCCGGCGCUCCCCUCUCCCCCCGCCGCUGCAGUACAAGCACCAGCUGGAGGACACCAAGAAGGAGAAGAGGACUCGCAUCCCCUACAAGCCCAACUACAGCCUCAACCUGUGGAGCAUCAUGAAGAACUGCAUCGGGAAGGAGCUCUCCAAGAUCCCCAUGCCGGUGAACUUCAACGAGCCCCUGUCCAUGCUGCAGCGCCUCACCGAGGACCUGGAGUACUACGAGCUGCUCGACCGGGCGGCGCGCUGCGAGAGCUCCCUGGAGCAGCUCUGUUACGUGGCCGCCUUCACCGUCUCCUCCUACUCCACCACCGUCUUCCGCACCAGCAAGCCCUUCAACCCGCUCCUGGGGGAGACCUUCGAGCUGGACCGCCUGGAGGAGAGCGGCUAUCGCUCCCUCUGCGAGCAGGUCUGUCCCCACCCGCCUGCGGCCGCCCACCACUUGGACUCCAAGAACGGCUGGACGCUUCGCCAGGAGAUUAAAAUCACCAGCAAAUUUCGGGGCAAAUAUCUCUCCAUCAUGCCCCUGGGUACCAUCCACUGCGUCUUCCACUCCUCCGGCAAUCACUACACGUGGAAAAAAGUCACCACCACCGUGCACAACAUCAUCGUGGGCAAGCUCUGGAUAGACCAGUCCGGUGAAAUCGAGAUCGUCAAUCACAAGACGGGCGACAAGUGCGUCCUCAAGUUCGUUCCUUACAGCUACUUCUCUCGGGACGUGGCGAGGAAGGUCACCGGCGAGGUGACAGACCCCGCCGGGAAGGUACACUUCUUCCUGCUGGGCACCUGGGAUGAGAAGAUGGACUGCUACAAGGUGACGCCGGGCACGGGGGACAACAGCGCCGAGGGGCGGCAGAGGGCCCACGAGGCCGAGGACAGCCGGGUGCUGCUGUGGAAGAGGAACCCGCUGCCGUGA